CUGGAAAUAAAAUGAUUUUUCAACAACUUGAGAAAUAUUUUGCAAAGAAAAAAUAUAAAAAUAUAAUUGAAGCUAUAUACUGGAAUACUUUAUUCAGGAAGCUUACUGGAUUGACGGUAAUCGAGAUUCGGUCAGUCGGAGGAACGCUCGAAAUUAACUUUUCCACAGUGGGAUUUCUUAGUUUCUUAUGGUAUGCCACUUUGUUUAGCUACUGUGCCUGUGUCUCCUAUACCGAAGAUCAGUCAAUCGUAAGAAUGAUGUUUGACACAAAGCUUAAGCAGUAUGGAGAUUUGUUUGAAAAACUAAGUACCGUUAUAUUCGUGUUCUACGUCAUGAUUAAAGUGGCUUUCUUACUUAGUAAUGAUUUAACAUUUGCUCAUUUGAAUUGUGAAGUUGACAAAUGUAUCACAGACAUGCGCGUGGUGGGUGUCUCGGUCAACUAUGUGAAACACACAAUUUCGUCGAUCAAAAUGGUUAUAGCGCAAGAGAUUAUGUGGUUAUUCCGAGUGUUUUCAAUAUUCGGCAUUUUGCAUGGGCUAGAUACAUCUAUCCCUUUAGAGAAGAUAUUUCAAGGAGCCUUCUCUGAUGCGCUGGCGCUCGGUCUAGCUACAGCCUAUUGCUACUACUUGUUCAUUUGGAAAGAAAGAUACGGUAAUUUAAAUGAUGUCUUAAUAAAUAUAAAACAACAUAAAUUGUGGGAACAAACUUUUUUUGUGAGGGUUAAGGGCAGUGAUUCCGGAAAAGCAACGCAACUCCAAGACAAGUUCAUAUGCGAGAAGAUUAGAAUGUGCGCUUGUCUAAAUACCAAACUUUACGAUGGGAUUCAACAUAUUAACAGAAAAUUCGGAAUCGCACUGGCUGUUACUAUAUUUAUGUGCAUAAACUAUGGUAUACUAUACAUGUUUUAUUUCAUGGAAGCGACUGCCGCUGGGCUAUUCCACGAUAUCGAGAGGUAUCUGCGUCUGUUGGUAUUCAUAUUCUGGCAGAUUGGUUAUUGUGCUUUUAUCUUUUUCGUAAUUGUUUAUUACACCGAGGAUGCUCUUCAAGAGUCAAAAAAGACUUCUUUGAUCUUGCAUGAAAUUAUCCAGAACGACUUCAGCCCAGCCGUGAAUACAGAAGCAAUGCAAUUUUCGGUCCAGCUGAUGCAUCAGGUACCAGUAUUGAAGGCUCAUGGAUUAUAUGAAAUUAAUUACGCUAUAUUAUAUGAAGCGAGCAAAUUUAUAAUGCAAUUCUUGGUGAUUCUACUUCAGUUUGUGGACUCAAAGUAA